AGUGAUGCUUACCCGGCAUGCAACGCUCGAACAUAAGAAGCAAACCUAUAUCGAUCGUUUGGUCGCAGUCUUCUGUUCGGUCCUUAUUAACUAAAUAUAAAUAACAAAGCCGUGAUUGUUUUGAGCAUUAAUCUUUUCUAAAAAUUCGCACAACAAUGUUUCUUCCUACCAUAAAAGUUACAAUCAAUUGCGAUAUGUGUAGUGGCACUCACUCGGAACGCAACGAUAUAGUAGGCUGUGACUUCGCAGCUUGGUAGUAAGUUUCCCGUAACAGCCAAUCACCGAAGCAUCGUUAAUCAUAGGAAGUUGGGGAAUUUGUGGUAGUUCGAGAGAGUGAGGAGGGAGUUCUGUCAUACUGAGUCCAGAACGAGAUAACUCUGUUGGAGACAUGUCGGAGUCCAGUGAUUUGGAUCGUCAGAUAGAGCAACUUAAGAAAUGUGAAAUAAUAAAAGAAUCGGAAGUGAAAGCACUUUGUGCCAAAGCCCGAGAAAUCUUGGUGGAAGAAAGCAAUGUUCAGAGAGUCGAUUCCCCAGUAACAGUAUGUGGUGAUAUACAUGGACAGUUUUACGAUCUGAAAGAACUAUUUAAAGUUGGUGGUGAUGUUCCUGAAACAAAUUAUCUUUUUAUGGGUGACUUUGUUGAUAGAGGUUUCUACAGUGUGGAGACAUUCUUAUUGCUUUUGGCAUUGAAGGUUAGAUACCCUGAUCGCAUAACCCUCAUUCGAGGUAAUCACGAAUCAAGGCAGAUCACUCAAGUUUAUGGGUUCUAUGACGAAUGCUUAAGAAAAUAUGGAAGUGUGACUGUCUGGAGAUACUGCACUGAAAUAUUUGACUAUUUAAGCCUUUCUGCUAUUAUUGAUGGGAAGAUUUUCUGUGUGCAUGGAGGACUUUCACCGUCAAUACAGACCCUUGACCAAAUAAGGACAAUAGAUAGGAAACAAGAAGUACCUCAUGAUGGGCCUAUGUGUGAUUUGCUGUGGUCAGACCCAGAAGAUACGCAGGGAUGGGGAGUAAGCCCACGAGGUGCAGGAUAUCUAUUUGGAUCUGAUGUAGUGUCACAAUUCAAUGCUUCUAAUAACAUUGACAUGAUAUGUCGAGCACAUCAACUUGUCAUGGAAGGGUAUAAGUGGCAUUUCAAUGAGACAGUUCUGACUGUGUGGUCAGCUCCAAACUACUGUUAUCGAUGUGGGAAUGUUGCAGCAAUUUUGGAACUCAGUGAGCAUCUACAAAGAGACUUCACAAUUUUUGAGGCUGCACCACAGGAAAGUAGAGGAAUACCAUCAAAGAAACCACAAGCUGACUACUUCCUCUGAAGUGUUUUAGUGUUUAAGUUCAUUCAUGUGUGCAUGAUGUCAGUUUGAGAUUGGGACGUAAGUCAUUUCAUCUGUGUACUUGAUAUGUAAAGAAAUAGUAUGAAUGUGGAUUAUUUUAUUAAAUAUCAUCUUUAGAAUAAAUGUGAUUUCUGGCUUUUGUUACAAAUUUUUUAAAAAUAAAUAUUUGUUUUCAUUUUUAUGUAAGAUGUUUUUGAGAUGAAGUUUGAUAAUAAGGCUGAUAAAGUUAUGUUCUAAAUAACAAAUGUGAAAUUUUUCCAUGUGUAAAAAAAUUAAGACAAAUCAUUUCCAAAACUUGAUCAUUGUCUUUUGUUCAUGCAUUUAAAAUUAAAAUAUGAUUGGAACAAGAUGUAAUAUACUUUUGCUCACUUUCAUACACCAUAGUGAAAGGACAGGUUUCUUUGGAAGAUCUCUGGACUGGUUCGUUUUCAGUAACAUCAAGAAGCUGCCCCAUUUCCCACUUCUUGCCAGACUUUAUCGUUCCUUGUCUCUGUUGUGGAUAACUCAUGUACAUACGUUUACCAUACUCUGAAGAUGUUCCAGACAUCAGGACAUUCAAUAAAAGAAAUUUGUGCCCUGUCCAGUAA